AUUUUUAGUGAAUAGCUAAAAAUGGUUCGGCUUAGAAAACCACUAGUGCUAGGGACUUGGUUUUUAUAUCAUUUUAUGCUGUUUGAAAUGCUUUUCAAUAUUACAGAAGGUUUUUUUAGAAACAUCCUGUGUUGUUCAAUUUAUACACUUUUUGCUGUGACACACCCAGUUUAGAAAAAUCUAGACCAUAUAUAUUAUAUAUAUGGAUCAAAACUCUCUGUAAUGUUGUUAACAUGACAUCAUGGGUUAACUAUGCUAAAUAUAGGCCCUAUCCUGCACGUGGAACUCCAGAUUGAACGUUUUAACACUUACUCUACGGUAAUGGCUAAAUAGCUCGCAAAUGAAAGCCACGCCCCCAAAUGAUAUUGCGGUAGUACGGUAGUAUAUACAAUGUACAUGCGAGCGCAGCCACAACUAAUGAGAUAUAAUGCGCACGCAGUGAUUGUAAACAUUGCGUGUGCAAUUAUUGCAGCCAUACUAUCUGCAUUCUUGUGGUUAAAUGUUAUCAAUUUGUUACUAUGGGCCAGCACCCAUAAGUAUUGUAAUUCCAGCCACCAAAAACAGAACAAAAACUACGGUAACCUCACAUCUAUGCAGCAAGUGGUGUCUAUGCUGGUUUCUAUAUGCAGAAAAUGGUUAUUACAUGGCAAUUCGUGCCACAAGCAGCAGUUUAUUGGCCCUUGUAGUAGAUAAUGAUCUCGGGCCUUUAGGCCCCUUGACCACAAUCUACUACCGGGCCAAUAAACAGCUUGUGGCACUCAUAACCAUGUAAUAACUAUUACGUAAAUAUGUCAGACUACUGCGACGAUGUUGUUGUUGAGUAAAAGAUUCUAGCAUAUUGAAAGUGAUUACAGUUAAUUAUAGAGAUAUAGAAAGUGAUUACAGUUAUUAUAGAGAUAUUACGUCAACAGUGCAGAUUGAGUAGUGCAUGUAUAUGUAUGUGAGUGACUCCUAAUGGUAUAGCUAGCUGUACACGUAUAGCAUCAAGUAUACCCACUUUAAAAACAUGAGAGCAAAAUAAAUGUAUACCCAUGACAUAAUUAUAGUCUUAAUUAAUUUAGAUCGACUUGUGUCUAUAUAAUAUUUCUGCUGAUUAGACUAGAAUGCAAACUACAUGAUUGUACUCACUGACAUGCAUGCACGAAUCACUACAAGUUCAGUUCAGUGCAUUGAUGUCAUUGCGGUCAUGUGAUAUGUCCAGGCCAAUGCACUAGCACUUGUAUACUGAUUCGUGCACGCAUGUCGGACCUCCUCUGACAUGUACCAUACCCCGGCCCCCACUGCAUGAACGUGUUUGGCCUAGAAAGCUAAGUCCACACAAACUCUCAGAAUUAUUGAGUAAUUGUAGCAGUUUGAGAUGUAUGUAUGCAUGCAGAUUAGAAUCUUACUACAGUGCUAAUAAGUAUACUUGCUCAGAAAAAUAAUAGUUAUAAAUGUUACCAUAACAUACCAGUUCUGACAUAAUUAUGGCCCAACUGAAACACAAACUACCAUAUACCGUAUAGCGCGAAAUUUUCGAGGCACUUAUAUUUCGUGGAUUGGCCUCUAAAAGCCAUUUCGUUGCACAAUGUUCGCGGAAUGACUGCUAACCGGAAGCCACGCCUUAAAUCUUUGCACGUUAUAGCAGGUAAUUUAACAAUUUUCGUGGACUUAUUUUUGUGCAGAAUUCUAACCCACGAAAUCCGCGAAAAUUAAGCCCCUCGAAAAUUUCGCGCUAUACGGUAGUGGGAAAUUUUCGUGAGGUGCAAAAGUUUUUCGAGGGCAGAGAGCAGUAACGCGAAAAUUAAAACUGGGAUAAACUCCCACGCACCGGUAUUUCACAUGCAAAGAUAUUGGUCAGGUGGGUGUGGUUUCCUGGCAUUGAAACGCAAAUAUUAGAAGCCACGAACAUUUCUGCUGAGGGCUCUGGAGCCAUAGCGAAGCAUGUGAACUGCAGAUCGUGGUACUUGAAAAUAUUGGCUGUUUGUGCUAAGUAAUGCACUAAAAGCGGGGAAACAACCAGGUAACAUGCGUUGAGAAUGCACUGUUAUUGGUAUAGAGCUAAUCUUGUUAGACUGAUAUGGGUAUAGGUGGUGAAGAAAAUCAUCAAAGCAUAUCAAGUAUGCACAAAGAAGGUAAACAACUGUCAGCAGCAGCUGGCAAGAAUGCUUAUACCAUACUCCUCCAUAAAAAAAGAGCAUUGUAGUUAUACUUUGUCCAAGGAGAAUAAACACAAGUCUAGCAAGCUAUUUUGUAUAGCUGCAUGCAAGUAUAUAAUAAUUAUGGCUCAUUUUCCACCAAAGAACAUGGAAGACAUAUUGAAAAGCUAUGAUGUCAUCGAAGUGGGAGAGUUUCUAAUGAAUGAGAAUAUUCUGUCGGAAAGAGAGUUCAGAACCAUUAAAACUCUCCGACACAAGCAAGAUAUUACCAGUUUCUUAACUCAAAUGCUCAAAGGAGAUUUAUGUCGGCUUGAAAUGUUUCGCAAGGCAAUGAUAAAAUUUUCUAUGGAUGCCAUGUAUAGAACCAUUAGCCAGCUUUCAGAAUGGAGUUCUAGUUUACCAACUACAGUGGAGUCAGAGUGUUAUCAUGACACGUCCAAAGAGAAAGAUGUAAACAUGCUAUUUUAUGCUCAUAAUGUAUAUGGUCAACCGUCAGUUGAUAGGCUUGCUCGAUCAAUCAGUCAAGAAACUGGAUAUGAUACUGAGUACCCUACGUAUACAAUGUCCCAACAACUGAGAAAUAUUCCAAAGUUAAAACACGCCACUGCCCAACCUAAGCCAAAGAGAAGUGAAGCAGUGCUGCAAGCACAUACGAGCAGAAAAGAACGUUCAAAAUCUAAUAGUGUAGUGAAAAUUACAAAUAACUAUAUACAUGUGGUUCCACAAGAUGUUUCAACAACUACUUCAUCUAGAGUCAGACCAGUGUUAUUGUCAUUUCGCCACCGCCACCAAGCUGGAGCCUACUGUGAUCAAUUGUUACCACGAUCAAGUGGCCAGUUGAAAGAUGUGAUGCUCAAAUGUUUUAGAGACCUACUAAAGGAAUGCAGUCAUGAGCUAUUUAGCAGCUUGAAUGUGGAUUCCUUACUGCCACACCUACAAAAGGAGCGGCUGGUGACACACGAAGAGUUUCAGACUCUCAUUCACCCAUCGAAAACGAGCCAAGAGAAGAAGAACUUUUUAUUGUCAAUUCUACCUUCUAAAGGGGAAAAUGCAUAUGAAGGAUUUCUCACUUGUCUGACCAAUGCAGAUGACCAUUCAGGACAUUCGUAUUUGGUCAAACUAUUGACUAGGUUGCUUCCGUCAAAAUCUGUAACAUUUGUUUAGGCUGAGCAUAUUAAUUUUGUGUGAGUCUAUCCAGGCAGAGGCCCACACUAUACCAUACAUUAUUAUGACACUACAAACAUUAUCGGACUAUACUUAUUAUUAUUGAAAUCUGUAAUUUUCGUAAAGGUAUACAUUGUCAGAUGACUAUAAUUAUUUCGGAGAAUGAAUAAAAUUUUCGCUGAGUGUUUAUACG